GGUCUCGAAGUCUGCGAGGCCGCCGUGGACGCCGAGAGCCGGGCUCCUCAGCCCGCGCGCCCCGGGGUCUAUGGAGCGGCCCCUCCACGCCACCCAGCGGACCCCACGCCGCGCCCCAAGCACGCCCAGCGGCCAGGGAACUGAGCCCCAUCUGCGACUCCUUCGCGCCUGAAUUCCCGAGUCCCCGUCGAGAUGGCGACCCCCUAUCCCAGAAGCGGGGGCCGAGGUGAAGUCAAGUGCGGGGGCGGCCGUGGAGCUGGCGUCCCCUGGGAUUUCCUGCCUGGGCUGAUGGUCAAGGCCCCGCCCGGACCCUGCCUGCAGGCACAGCGCAAAGAGAAGUCCCGCAACGCUGCGCGCUGGCGGCGCGGGAAGGAAAAUCUGGAGUUCUUCGAGCUGGCCAAGCUGCUCCCUCUGCCCGGUGCCAUCUCCAGCCAGCUGGACAAGGCAUCCAUCGUGCGUCUUAGCGUCACCUACCUCCGCCUGCGUCGUUUUGCCGCGCUGGGGGCGCCGCCCUGGGGGUUGCGGGCCGUCGGGCCUCCGGCUGGCCUCGCCCCAGGCCGCCGAGGCCCUGUGGCUCUGGUCUCUGAAGUCUUCGAGCAACACCUGGGUGGACACAUACUACAGUCCUUGGAUGGCUUCGUGUUCGCUUUGAACCAGGAAGGGAAAUUUCUCUACAUCUCAGAGACAGUGUCCAUCUACUUGGGUCUCUCCCAGGUGGAGCUGACGGGCAGCAGCGUCUUCGACUACAUCCACCCUGGGGACCACUCAGAGGUCCUAGAGCAACUUGGAUUGCGGGCUGCAAGCACUGGCCCCCCUACGCCGCCUUCCGUGUCCUCCUCUUCCUCCUCCUCCUCUUCCUCCUCGCUGGUGGACACCCCCGAGAUUGAAGCCAACCCCGCCGAGGCAUCCCCUGCCUUCCGAGCCCAAGAGCGGUCCUUCUUUGUCCGCAUGAAGUCCACCCUCACCAAGAGGGGCCUGAAUGUCAAAGCCUCGGGGUACAAGGUCAUUCAUGUGACAGGGCGCCUGAGGGCCCGAGCCCUGGGUCUUGUAGCCCUUGGACACACACUGCCCCCAGCCCCACUGGCUGAGCUGCCUCUACACGGACACAUGAUUGUCUUCCGCCUCAGCCUGGGUCUCACCAUCCUUGCUUGUGAGAGCAGAGUUAGCGACCAUAUGGACAUGGGGCCCUCAGAGCUGGUGGGACGCAGCUGCUACCAGUUUGUCCAUGGACAGGAUGCAACCAGGAUCCGCCAAAGCCAUCUGGACCUGCUGGACAAAGGGCAGGUGGUGACUGGUUACUACCGUUGGCUGCAGCGUGCGGGGGGCUUCGUGUGGCUGCAGUCUGUAGCCACUGUGGCCGGGAACGGGAAGAGCACUGGGGAGCAUCACGUGCUAUGGGUCAGUCACGUGCUCAGCAAUGCCGAAGGCAGUCAAACACCCCUGGAUGUCUUCCAGCUUCCAGCCAUUGUGUCUCAGGAGGAGCCAUCCAGCCCGGGUCCAGAGCCCACAGAGGAAGAGCCUCCAGUUGACGGGAAGCAGGCUAUGCCUGUGGACCAGGACAAGGACAAGGACCCUCAGGCCCGAGGCAAACGCAUCAAAGUGGAGGCCAGCCCGAAGGAAGCUAGAGGCUCAGAGGACAGUGGAGAGGAGGAGCUCUCAGAUCCACCGGCUCCACCUCGGCCAGAAUUCACUUCUGUCAUCCGGGCGGGGGCCCUGAAGCAUGAUCCAGUACUGCCGUGGGGCUUGACAACUCCCGGAGACCCCUCACCCGCCCUCCUUCAUGCAGGCUUCCUGCCACCCGUCGUGCGGGGCCUGUGCACCCCAGGCACCAUCCGCUAUGGCCCUGCGGAGUUGAGCCUGAUGUAUCCACAUCUGCACAGGCUGGGCCCAGGCCCCUCGCUUCCAGAGGCCUUUUACCCUACGCUGGGCCUGCCCUACCCGGGGCCCACAGGUACUAGGGUGCAGCGGAAGGGAGACUGAAAGCAGUGUAACACCAGAAGGCCAAACCUGAGACAUAGAUCAAGUCCUGGAGUCAUUCUUGAGAAUUAAACACCACGCCCUGAGGGGUUCCCUCCCCGCGGAUGCUGCCUCUCAUGAUUGCUUUUCCUUGUUCCUUUGAAAUGAUUUCCUUGUAUGUGUGUCCAUGUGUGGUAUGGUGUGGA